GGAAAAAUUCUCCUAUUAGAUCAGCAGAUAUCCAGAAAUACCCUGGUUCUGCAAACCGCUCCCACCUCAGCACUUGCUGGCCAAUGGGAAAGGGAAGCAGGGAGUGUGCACAUGCCAUAUAAGAGAGAUGAUGCCCAGGUAGUGGAGCAUUGUACAGGUGAGCACUCCAAUUCUCAUGUCGCCACUCUUCACUGCCUGAGGAUACUACUUCACAGCACCAGACACAGGACCUGACAAAGUUUGUCCUUAAUAAAGCAUGCUGACAGAGUUAGAGACGAGGGCUUACGUGCCUGAGGUGAAGCUGGGUGGGUGUCGGGGUUCCUGGAGUGGGCUGGCCCCCUCAUCCUGCGCUGAGGUCGACCUCGAGGUCAUCGAGGAGUACCUGCAGGAGCAUUCGCUCGAGGUCCAACCCGCUCACACACCUUCAACAUCCAUGGCUGCUAACAUGGGUCACCAAACGCACGUUCACUCCCACCGGGACGCCAGGAUAAUAGAGAACAGCUGGUCGGGUCAGCAUCCGUACGAGUGGCGCUACGGCUGCCACACUCCAAACGAGGAAUACAAGGCGCCAACUCCACAUCCAGCCUGGCAGAGUCCACAAGACCAGUGGGAACACAUAACAUACUACGAGCCUACAAGUAUAUACAUUGAUUCAGACUCACAGUCAAGCAGUUCCCAGUACCAGGAUUACCAAGAUUCACCAUCACCACCCUCCGACAGAGGGGAGAGGAAGGACAGAAGUUUGCCUCUGGCACCACUAUCAGGUAGAACACCUUACAGUGACUACUUCUCAGAACAAAAGCUCGUGACGGAGUGUCUUUGUCCAGCUACGCACACAAGAUGCGGUCAGGUCAAACCCUUUUUUUUUCUCUCUGCUUCCUCUUCAACAGGAAAGAGGAAGGAGCGCCUGUUCCAGUUCCUGUUUGAGAUGCUGCAGACUCCAUCAAUGAGGAGCUGCAUCUGGUGGGUCCAGUCCUCCUCUGGGACCUUUCAGUUCUCCUCCCAGAACAAGGAGAGCCUGGCGCAGCUGUGGGGUCGCCGGAAGGGAAACCGCAAGACCAUGACCUACCAGAAGAUGGCACGGGCACUAAGGAACUACUCACGGACUGGAGAGAUCCACAAGGUGAAGAGGAAGCUCACAUACCGCUUCGAUGAGAAGACACUGAAAGGCUUACAAGGAGACAGCAAAUUAGAGUAGCUAGUGUGUCAAAGAGCUCACAUCAGAAAAUCAUUGGACUCAUGUGACAUAUUUUGUGCAGAUUCUAACUAUAAGGUAUUUUUAAUGACAAAUAAAUACUAAGUAUUUGAAAGGCCAGCGUAUUAACUAUUGACAGUCGGAGCUUUGUAUAGAUACAGCAGUGGUGUGUCAGAAGACUGAUGAAAGUGAUCCAUGCAAAUUUCAGGCUGUGAAUGAGAGGUCAGCUGGCAAACACCAAGUAAAUCUAAAAGAUUAUGACAUAUUCUCUACUUUAUAAGUAGAAUUUAAAUCCGUCUCUUAAUAAAAGUUGUUUUUUCUUUGUUUUGUGAUUUUGUGUUGCAGGUAAUGAAAAUAUGUGCGUAAAUGUGCUCUGUUUGUGUCAAAAUAUCUUGUUCAAGAUAAAAUAAAUCGAAAAAGAGCAGAAAA